GAACAAGAGCGGGAGCAGCAACAGUAGCCUCGUCGGGAAGUUUGGCCGGGGUUUUACCCUGCCCGACAGCAGCAAGAGCUCGGGUCCAAAUCCCACCUUCCUCCUUCCUUCCCUCCCUCUUUCCUCCCGCACCAGCCGGUCUCCAACUUCUCCUUCGCAACGGCCCCAGACGCUCCCUCUCCCCCUUAUGCUCCCGUUGCAUCCGCACGGUCCCGGCCCCCUGGAAAGCUCAGUGGCCCCCGAGCCCGAAGGAGGACCAGCGCGCUCUGCCCCGCGCCCCAUCCACCUCGCCCCGACAACACGGACAGCGGCCGGCCCAUCUCUCCCGGGGAGGAUGGGGAUGGAAAAAGUCUUGUGGCUGGCCGCGGCGGGGUGGCUUUUCUGGGGGGACCUCUGUGUCUGCGCCCGUCCUGGGGAUGACCCCCCUUACGAUCUCCGAGAAGAGGACAAAGCCGAAGGAAUAGAUUAUAAGGAUCCCUGCAAAGCCGUGGUCUUUUGGGGAGACAUUGCCUUAGAUGAUGAAGAUUUAAAAAUGUUUCAGAUCGAUGGAACAGUAGAUCUUACACAGAAUUCAUUUGAAAAACUUGGACAUACCACAGGUGGCCUUGGAGAGCGAGUAAUGUCAAAGAAAAGAGGAGCCCUCUACCAGCUUAUUGACAGGAUAAGAAGAUUUGGCUCUGGCUUGGAGCAAAACUUCACCGCAAAGGGAAAAGCAACUGUCAGAUUCUCACGGCAGAAUGAGAAAAAUCGAAUUCCCAGAGCUGCCACAUCAAGAACUGAAAGAAUAUGGCCUGGAGGCGUCAUUCCAUACGUUAUAGGAGGAAAUUUCACUGGCAGCCAGAGAGCAAUGUUUAAGCAGGCAAUGAGACACUGGGAAAAACACACAUGUGUUACCUUUAUCGAGCGGAGCGAUGAAGAAAGCUACAUUGUUUUCACUUACAGACCAUGUGGGUGUUGCUCUUAUGUGGGUCGGAGGGGCAAUGGACCUCAGGCCAUAUCCAUCGGCAAGAACUGUGAUAAAUUUGGGAUUGUUGUUCACGAAUUGGGCCAUGUGAUAGGCUUUUGGCAUGAACAUACCCGACCGGACCGAGAUGAUCAUGUGACCAUAAUUAGAGAAAACAUUCAACCAGGUCAGGAGUACAACUUCCUGAAGAUGGAGCCUGGAGAAGUGAACUCCCUGGGAGAACCAUAUGAUUUUGACAGUAUUAUGCACUAUGCCAGGAACACCUUCUCAAGGGGGAUGUUUCUGGAUACCAUUCUUCCUUCCCGUGAUGACAAUGGUAUUCGUCCUGCCAUAGGCCAGCGAACACGCCUAAGCAAAGGAGAUAUUGCACAGGCAAGAAAGCUGUAUAGAUGUCCAGCAUGUGGAGAAACACUUCAAGAAUCUACUGGCAACUUUUCCUCUCCGGGAUUUCCAAAUGGCUACCCUUCUUAUACACACUGUAUAUGGAGAAUUUCUGUGACCCCAGGAGAGAAGAUUGUUUUAAAUUUCACUACAAUGGAUCUAUACAAGAGCAGUUUGUGCUGGUAUGAUUAUAUUGAAGUAAGAGAUGGCUAUUGGAGGAAAUCACCUCUCCUUGGCAGGUUCUGUGGUGACAAAGUGCCCGAAGUUCUAACGUCUACAGACAGCAGAAUGUGGAUUGAGUUCCGCAGCAGCAGUAAUUGGGUAGGAAAAGGUUUUGCAGCCAUUUAUGAAGCUAUCUGUGGAGGGGAAAUUCACAAAAACGAGGGCCAGAUCCAGUCCCCUAAUUAUCCCGAUGACUACAGGCCAAUGAAAGAAUGCGUGUGGAAAAUAACAGUGUCUGAGAACUACAAUGUUGGAUUAACCUUUCAGGCAUUUGAGAUUGAGAGACAUGACAAUUGUGCCUAUGACUACCUAGAAGUUCGAGAUGGAACCAGUGAAAAUAGCCCUUUAAUUGGUCAUUUUUGUGGUUAUGAUAAACCAGAAGAUAUCCGAUCUACCUCUAAUACUUUGUGGAUGAAGUUUGUUUCUGAUGGAACAGUUAACAAGGCUGGCUUUGCUGCCAACUUUUUUAAAGAGGAAGAUGAAUGUGCUAAACUUGAUAAUGGAGGAUGUGAGCAGAGAUGUGUGAACACUCUUGGCAGUUACCAUUGUGCUUGUGAUCCCGGCUAUGAACUUGGUCCUGAUAAAAAGAGCUGUGACGCUGCAUGUGGAGGACUUCUGAGCAAGCUAAAUGGAACCAUAACUACCCCAGGUUGGCCCAAAGAAUACCCACCCAAUAAAAACUGUGUGUGGCAAGUGGUGGCCCCCACGCAGUACAGAAUUUCAAUGAAGUUUGAGUUUUUUGACUUAGAAGGCAAUGAAGUUUGCAAAUAUGAUUACGUGGAAGUUCGCAGUGGCCUUUCUUCUGACUCCAAACUGCAUGGUAAAUUUUGUGGGACUGAAAUGCCUGGAGUAAUAACCUCCCAGUCCAACAAUAUGAGAAUUGAAUUCAAAUCUGACAAUACUGUCUCGAAAAAAGGCUUCAAGGCACAUUUCUUUUCAGACAGGGACGAGUGUUCCAAGGAUAACGGUGGAUGCCAACAUGAAUGCAUAAACACUGUGGGAAGCUAUGUGUGCCAGUGCCGCAAUGGGUUUGUGUUACACGAGAACAAGCAUGACUGCAAAGAAGCGGAGUGUGAGCAGAAGAUCCACAGCCCAAGUGGGAUCAUUACCAGCCCCAACUGGCCAGACAAGUAUCCCAGUAGGAAGGAGUGCACGUGGGAGAUCAGCGCUACUCCGGGACAAAGAGUCAAACUUGCCUUUAGUGAGUUUGAGAUUGAACAACAUCAGGAAUGUGCUUAUGAUCACCUGGAAGUUUUUGAUGGAGAAACGGAAAAGUCACCAAUUCUAGGUCGUUUGUGUGGCAGCAGGAUACCCGAUCCUCUGGUGGCUACUGGAAAUAAAAUGUUUCUCCGCUUUGUUUCUGAUGCGUCUGUGCAAAGAAAAGGCUUUCAAGCUACUCACUCUACAGAAUGUGGUGGCCGCCUGAAAGCCGAAUCCAAACCAAGAGACCUGUAUUCUCAUGCUCAGUUUGGUGAUAACAACUACCCUGUCCAGGUGGAUUGCGCGUGGCUGUUGGUGUCAGAACGGGGAUAUCGAGUCGAACUAACUUUCCAGACUUUUGAGGUGGAAGAGGAAGCCGACUGUGGCUAUGACUAUGUUGAACUCUUCGAUGGCCACGAUGACUCAGCCGUGAGACUCGGUCGAUUCUGUGGCUCAGGGCCACCAGAAGAAGUCUAUUCAGCAGGGGACGCUUUGCUAAUUAAUUUUCACACAGAUGAUACAAUCAACAAGAAAGGAUUUCAUAUACGAUACAAAAGCAUAAAAUAUCCAGAUAUUGUUCAUUCACCUAAAUAACAGAAAAAUCUCUAUGACAGAAAAAUCAAAAGGAGAGCAUGUACUGGAGAAUAAAAGAAGACUUUUUUAAAAACUGAAGUUAUUAGCACAACUGUUUUAUAUACCGAAUUUAAAUGAAAGGAAAACUGCGAGACCAGAAAUGUCUCCGCUCCAAAAGGAAGAGUUCCCCUUGCCCAGUGGAAUCGGUGUGACAGUGAUAAACAGGUUCCAUGCGUGACUGUGUCUGCUGAAGUUGGUGCCAGGGCAUUGCAUGCUUCCAGGGAGAUCAACGCUUUUAUUCACAGCUGGAUAUUUGUCAUCGAAGCUGCAGAUCCAAUCCGUUCAAUUCAGGGGAGGUAGCAGUAUCCAGGAGAAGAAAAACAAAAUAAUAAUGCAGAUAUAAUGAGAUAGUGCAGUUCACACACUCAAAAUGCAGUUCUUCUAUCUUAGACUAAUUGCUUGGCUUUGGAUCCAGGAUUUAAUGUAACUUAGACCCACGGAAGAAGACGUGAAAUGGAAAGAUCUUCUGAAGGUGGGCUGGACUCGUUAGGGAUUUACUUGUCCAACGUUUUGAAACUGAAUGAUUUCAGCCUCAUUAUUUUUACUCUACAGACCACCUAUCAAACAUUUAGUUUUCUCCAACGUUGGUCUGAAACUUUCAUAGUAAUCAUUGUUAUGGUCAACUCUCCAACUGUGGUUUCGUUCGUUUUUGUUUUUGUUUUCUGAGAACCUAAAAAGGUCCAGCUGUUUAGUGGAAUCACCUCUACCAACUGUGGCGUUCUCGUUGCACACCAAAUCCGAAAGACCGUGUGAUGUCUUACAGAACUUGCAGGAAAUCGUGCAUCUGAAAUGAUGAAGAAGAGUGAUAAGGGUCCCUCACAAUGACUGCUCCUAUUAUAUUCAGUGGUCAUGCGGUCAUCACUGCUGCUAACCCAUAGUUCUUUGGACCUAUUUGUGGAGAAAUAUUAUUAUAAUUAUUAUUAUUGUUGUUAUUGUUAUUAUGUUGUUGUUGUUGUUGUGCUAGCCGACCAGAAAUGAAACUGACAUGGUAUCCAAAUGGUGUCUGCAAGAUUUGACAAGAUAUUUUUUCCCUGAUAUUAGACACAGACGUUUAGUGAUGGCAUAAAGAACAUAUUGCUGAGAAAGGAUUCCUAUGGUGCUAUUCCAUGAACAUUCAAAAUCGUUUUGGACCUUUGAGCCAACAGCCAACAAUCUGCAGAUCAUGAAUGUCUCGCUAUCACUGGCUGCACCUGAAGAGUAAAGACCUGUUAAAUGUAGGAAUAGAUCAUUGCAUUGGCAGUGCUAGUCCUGUGGAAGAACUCUUUCUGUUGCCUUAGAAUUCUUGCACACAAUCAAACUGAUCUUCCUGUAGAUACAUCUCUGAUUUCAUAAGUAACUUGACAAGAUGAAUAUUUCAGUGUAUGUUAACAUAAAGAUCUCCCAGCAAACCCGUCUUCAUAACGAGGCCAUCUAAUGUAAAUAUGGUUGACCUGCUUUUAACAUAGGACUACGUUACUUUUAGAAUGAUCUCUGUCAUUUGGGCCACACUUGGCUGUAGGUGUGUUGCAUAUGUAAGUGUGUUUGAUGGAUGAGAGGGUGUUGUGUGGUUGAACAGUUAUCAUUGUUAGUUUAUGUGCCUAGUUUUACCAGGAUCCUGCUUAAUGGUAGCAAUUUCUGGCUCUAGGUUUCAAGAACAGAUAAUGGGGACUUCUAGUCACUGAGAACUGCAUUGCAAUGAAAUGUAAUGUUUCACUUAGAAGGAAUAUUAUUUAGAUAUCCUUUGAUGUAAGUUACUACCCAAAAUAAUUCAAUUUCUGUCUCCUUACCUUCAACAUUCACUGGCGCUAAUGAAUAUGUUUUGUUUUUUCUCCUUUUGUUCCUUUUUUACACAAAAUUAAACCAUAGAGAGAUGUGUAGCCCUUACUAGAUUCCUGAGCCAGUUUGUGUUUUGGUAUCAGCCUUUAUGCUGCAAACCAUUUCAUAUAAAUGAACCACAAAGCAUGAACUCCCUUUUCGUCCUUUCAGUGACAUCACUGUGUGUUUAUUGGAUCACUGGGCGUGGUGUCUGUAAAAGGAGCAGGUGGACAGGAAAGCAAAACAAAGCUCAGUUGUUCGGAUUUCUUCCCCAGUAUGUCAUUAAGCUCAGUAAAUAUGAUAUUUACUAGGCCUGGAUGUAAAUUUAACCUUGCUACAUGGGUAUAAUUGUGGAGUUUGCAUCACAUAAGGUUUUCCAAAUGCAUUGUAGAAGUGAGCUUAAGGAUGUCAUUGAGAAGGAACCAAGUGCUUCUUCCAGUAACGGGAAGCAGAAAUGGCAAAAUGUGGUGGCCUUGGAAGAUUUUUUCUUGAUGGUUUUUUUUCUCCCCACAGAAGGCCAGAAUCAUUUAUGAGCAGUGUGCUCCUUUUUUAUCAUUGGUUUGAUCUAUUUGCCUUAAAUAAAUUAUUGUGUGAAUACAGAUGUAGCAUUCCAGUGUUGUAUUGCUUAGACUUUCUUUAGUAGUCAUUGCCUGUGGACUGGAACCACUAUCAUAAAUUAGUGCAGGAAAUACUUUUCAACCAAAACUUCCAUAUGUGAUCUUCUUGGGCUAUAUAGUUAAGGAAAUCCCUCCCGCUCCUGCUUAAUGAUUGAUUUAAAACAUUUAGACAAUUCAAACUCUCAAACCUAGCUAAUAAAGGAGGACGUGACUUGACUGCAUAAACCAUAUUUCUUAAAGAAAUGUCAUAGUAAAGCAGGCAAUUAUAAAAUAAUUCAUAACCCCCAGAUAGCUCCUUGUUGGGUGGACUUGUAUUAACUUGCACUAGCAUGGGUAUGCCACAAUCUCAGCUUCAAGUUGUGUUUAUUUUUUUUAUUCUCAAAUCCUUUUUCUCCUGUUUACAUUACUCCUGUUUUGCACCUUUUUGAAGGUAAACUUCAAAUGUUAGUUAUUUUAUGCAGUGUAUAAACUUGUUAAAAUCACCAAACUGUAGAUAAUGAUAGUGCACAUGGUACUUGUAAAGAUUUUUUUUUUAAAGGAAACAUUAAAUUGCAUCCCCAUUUGGA